UUUAAGGGAUCACGAUAGAGUUGAGAGAGAGAGAAAAAAAAAGAGGGCUAAGAUAAACAAAAAGAAGAUAGAAUGGGUAAGAACAAUACCAAAAUCCUCGUCACAGCUCUUGUGAUGGUUGUAACCGCCGCGAUGAUGAUUGAAGAAGCGACGAGCAUUCCCAUAUGUGGCGUCAACACAAACGACUUGAAGAAAUGUAGUCCAGCUGUCACUGGAAACAACCCACCACCUCCCACUCCCCAAUGCUGCAAGGUGGCCAAAGCCGCUAAUCUUGAAUGUCUCUGCCCGUACUUCACCAGGUCCGGGCUUGACACGGCCAAAAUCAAGGCUCUAGGGACCAAUUGUGGCAUUACUAAAAAACCCUCCUGUUUGCCAUGAUUGAAGAACUGAGCUGGAAGGGACAAAUGCUGGCCUGCCACAAGAUUAAGUCUCUAAGUUAUUAUGUCUUUUGUUGUUCUAUUCGAAUAAACCACCAGAUUUUGCAAUUAUUUUUCAGUCACCUUUUUCUAAAUAAAAAAACCGUGUUCUAUAUAUUUAAUAAAUCAAUAAAGUACUGUUUUGUCUUAA